GUGAAUUGCGCAAGCACAAGAAUUACACGGCAAACGUGAAAACGGUAGUGAGGAAUGGUGCUUUAUGAUUUUUCAUAUUUUUCCUUAAUGAAGUUUGUACUCCUCUACCAUGGCAAAAAAAAUCAUCGAGUUACGGCAUCUAUUACAUGCCAAAAAAAAUGACAAAGUGUCACUUUAUCAUGACGGUGACCUGUCCCGCACCCAAUUUUGCUCAUAAAAUAUCUUAUCCUGCAAAUACGAUAUUUUUUUUGGAUUGAAAUCGAUUUUAGUUUCAUUUAAUAAUGUAUUUCCUAUCAACAAAAACUAUUUUUGUUUGUUUAUCUUCCUUCUCAUAGAUUUGACAGGCAUUCAACUUUUGUCCCGAAAAAAAUUAUCAUUUCAAAGGACAUUAAGUUUUAGCAGUAAAACUCCGUCAAUAUUGCGUUGUUGCGCCCCCCUUACCUUUCCUCGCCUCAGAUUAGUCCGGCUUGAGCUCUCGGCGCCUAUGCACGCGUUACAACGUGUUGUGAUUUCCCGCCAAAAAAGAUGCCUCGGCCAAGAACACAGACUAGAGAAGAAAGGUUAGAAAAAAGAAGGUUGUACGAAAGAAGGAGAAAAGAAAGAAUAAAGAGCAAUGCAGAGACACGCGAAGAGUUUCUGAAAAAAGAUAGAGAAAGAUAUGCAAGAAAGAAAGCAGCAGGAUUAAUUGUUUCAAGGCAUCAAAUGAACAAGACCAAAUUAAGAAACUUAAGAAGAAGAAACAACAUAAGUGCUGCCGCUUAUUACCAAAGAAAAAAAAAAAGAGCCACUACGGCUCCUACGGCUACUCGUGCAAACUCUCUAGUUGGAACAGUUCAAGAUCAUCCAGAACAAUCUUCAACAAAUCAAAUUGGUGAGGAUAUUAAUAAUCCUGGACUCAGCACUUCCUGUCAAGAUUCACCUUCUUCGACUGCAAGACCUGCCCGUUGCAAUACUUUGAGGCACAGCUUACGAUUGAACAGUAGAAGUAGCAUCAGUACGAAUAUCCAACCUCAACAUACAGCGACUACAACCUCUCGUCCUAUAUACACAAGCAGUCCACGACAAACCCCGCUCUCAAGGCAUCGAAAUUUUGUAGACAAUAAUAAUCCUGGUCCAAGUACUUCACGACAAGACUACCCAUCUUCAUCUCUAAGACCUACUCGUUGCAGCAUGAUACGGCGCUGCUUGCGGAUGAACAGUGAUAGUUCCGUCAGUUCCGAUGUUCAACAUCAUAUUUACGACAACGUAGUAACUACCACUCCUUGUGUACUACCAAGUAGCGCACAACGAAUACCAUCUCCAUCAAAUCUGAGUAGUAUUGAGUCAACACUUUGCCCCAACAGCCCUGUGUCAGAAUCGUCAAUUACAUCUGUAGAAUUAAGGCGAGCGCUUAAAGAUAAAUUCCGCAUAUAUCAAAGAACUAAAAAUAAGCUAAUAACAGAAUUACAAAAUAAAUUAUUACAGGUCUCUCGGGAAAAAGAAAUGCUCAAAAAAAGGUGUAAUAGACUACAAAGCAGUUAUAUAAAUUUGAAAAAAAAUACGCAAAAAGUAGAAAAAAAAACAGAAGUAGUUAUUAAAUCUGAUAAGAAAAAAAAACAAUAUCUCACGAGGGUUGUAACAUUUUUAGAAGACGAUGAAAAUUCAACAAUUUGUCCUGGCAAAAAUGACACUAUAUCAAGACAUGGCUUAAAAAAACAAAAGAGACUAAUGACAGACACACUUAAAAAUUUACACUUGAAAUAUCUAAAAUCAGGCGAACCACCGAUAAGCUAUUCAACAUUUUCAAGACUGAAACCUUUCUGGAUUAUUCAACCAAAUGUGAAUGCACGAAACACAUGUUUAUGUGAAAAGCAUGAAAAUAUGAAACUUUUGAUUGAAUCGAUGAAAAGAAAUCGCCUGAUCAAAGAAAACACAAUAUCCGACGUUUUAAACAGCCUAUGUUGUAGUAAAGAUAACAUCGAUUGUCUGCAAAGAACAUGCUCGAACUGUAAAAGUAGACUCAUUGAUUACCAAGAGUUUGAUAAUGGAGUACACGUAACGUAUUGGAAUUGGGAGAAGAACAAAAGUACAUACACCAAAAAUAGUGUAGAGAAAUCUGCUAUUAAAGUUGAAAAGGUAAGACACUGGGUAAAACCUCUAGAUCUGAUUAAAAAAUUUGAAAACAGCCUGAAAGCAUUCCUUCAACAUUGCCUUAAUAAUAAAAACCAAAACCAAGCUUUUAAGACUUUAAAAGAAAAUAUGACUACAGAAGACUGCAUUAUACAAAUAGAUUUUAGUGAAAAUUAUACCACUAAAUAUGGAUCCGAAAUUCAGUCUCUUCAUUUUGGUGGCAGCAGAAAACAAUUUACGUUACACACUGCUGUAAUUUAUUUUAAACUGAACAAUGAAACUUGCAAAACUCAAUCUUUUUGUACUGUAAGUACAUCAUUAAGGCAUGAUGCUGCAGCAGUCUGGGCGCAUCUUGUUCCUAUUUUGCGUGAAAUUGAAAUAACUGCGCCUCUAGUCCGCAAUCUUUACAUUAUUUCUGACUCUCCGUCUGCCCAAUACCGGAAUAAAAAGAUAUUAUACAUAAUAUCACAACUGUCUUCCUAUUGUCCAAUGCUGACCCACAUAGUAUGGAACUAUUGCGAGUGCGGCCAUGGAAAAAGCGCAGCAGACGGAGUGGGUGGGGUGUUAAAGAGAACGCUGGAUAAACAGGUCGCAUAUCAACAUGAUAUUACCAAUAUUGAAGUACUAGUACAAAACUUAAAGUCUUUUGUUCAAGGCGUGAAAAUCGAAGUAGUUGAAGAUUAUCAAAUAACAGAAAAAGACUGGCUUUUGCCCAAAGACUUGAAAACGUUUGCGGGAACUAUGAAAGUUCACCAAGUGGUUUGGUCUAAAGAGUCGGGGAACCGUUUGGCACUUCGUCAUCUAUCCUGUGUUGAAAGAGAAUGCCUAAAUAAAAUCGUAAUGUGCCCUCACGGCAAACAUUUAGGUUUUCAUGAUUUAACUGAGACUCAAUUACCUACUUUUGUAAAUACUACAAAUAUGGCACAGCUGCGUCCAAUACAACUAACAGAGAAGUUGGUACUACGUCCCAAACCAUCCAAAGAAAAGAAACAUCCAAAGAAAAGAAGUAGUAUUAUAACUGAACUAUCAAUACACUCGAUCCAAAACAUUGACAUAUCAGUUCUUAAGCCCUCAACAUCCAAAUCUCCCGUUGGAAUGAAUAAUCAAAAAGAAGAAACUGGACAGGAAUCAUCAAUGAUCCCCAAAUCACUACUGGAAAAGUAUGAAAACUUCAUUGAAUUCAACACUCCCUCGUGUUCAUUUUUUGAUAACCCUGAUACUGCAUUACUUGAAAAGUAUGAACAAAGUAACAGUGACAGUGAACAGGAAAUCAAAACUAAAGUCAAGAGGAGACCAGUAAAAAGAUUAUCAUCGUCUUCAUCGACUUCAGAUUUGAAUAUUUUUGAUUGAACUGUUGAUUUGAUUUUUUAAAGUAAGUAGUUAUUCGUUGGUUUCGUUUUUUGUUUUUUUAAGUACUCGACUUGUUUAAUGCACGAAUGAGCCUGAUUUCAAAUGCAUAUUCCCACUUAAAUACAAGCUUGCUAAUGUGUGGGCUAUCUUUCUUAAAGUGUGGUAAAACUUGUAGCAACCCAUUGGAUCAUUCGUGCGUGAAUAUUUAUACUUGUGAUAUUUGCUAUGUUCCUAUUAAGUAGUAAGUUAAACUAAUGGAGAAUUAUAGUAUACUUAAUUAUAAUGAAGAAGUGUUAUCAUGUGAUAAUAAAAAAAAAAACAUUUGUUUACUAUAUAUCUAGUUAAGAACCAAUAUAUACAUAUUUAAAGUCAUAAAAAGAGGCUGAUUAGCGAAUUAGAGACAUAAGUUACAUCUACGUACCUACUUAAAAAUACUGUUUUAUUAAGGCUUAUAGUUUGCAAUAAUAAGUAUUUAGGCAGAAAAAAACUGCAUUCCUUUUUUUUUAUUAGAUACUAUACUGUAUUGUUAUUAGUGAUUUAAGAUAACGUGAUCUCAAUUAAAAGGGUUUUAAAGUACUUAGCUCGUCUGAUAUAAUUAGAUGUUUUAUAAUGUUUCUUAUCAAAAAAUAUAAGAGUUGAUUUGUUUAAUAUAGAAGUUUUACUUAUAAAAUACUAAAUCCCACUUAUCACCUUUAACUACUUGCUACAUUUGACCGGGUUAAGAGUCACGAGGGUACGUAUCUGCCUUAUUCCGUAAAGAAACUGUUAAUUCGAUGAACUCUCCAGUGUGUAACCUUUCUGUUUUUUUUU